AUGGCGGGUCUCAUGGGUAACGUCGACCUCUGCUCAUCUGCGAUUCAAUACGCCAUCUUCUUCGUGACCACUAGAGUCAUGCUAUCCAUCAUUGACCGCAUCGCACGUCAUCAGCUUCUUAUUGCAGGCUUGGUCAUCUGCAUGGCGCUGCACUACUACUAUUCUGAUGCCAGUUGUAAGGGUCAGUAGCCGGGCGACCAAGUCUUGGCGUUAAGCUUUGUACCUCCUGGGAGUUGGCGUUCAGAUUCCAGCAUUUGCUUUGCAGGCUUUCCUGUACCUAUAUCAUGGGUGGUGCUUGUCAUCGCGGCCAUCCGGAUCCGCCCCUCAUCGCCACGAAGACUCUCAAACGGUUUUGUCCUUCGAUCAACAUCCAUUGAGCAAACAUUCCACCUCAAAGAUUCAACAUUCUACAAACUGUGCUCUGGUCUGGCGCAACGACGACUACAGGACAAGCAAAAAGCUCUUGCCAAGAUGAGCCCGUCAAAUCAUACAUACACACUCGCGAUUAUCUUCUACUUGUUCUCUUUGACUGGAGCGCGUUCUACAGUGCGUCAACAGCUCCACUUGAAUCGCACAAACUGACCACCUCUCAUAGUUGGCAGUGGAACCCACAAAUACCACUGGCAUCUGCGCGAUCCCUCAAUUUCAAAUUUCGAAUGGCACCAGCGGUCCCGAAAUCUGCUGUCCUGGCACGCGAGGAGACAACGUCACGAGCGAUGUGGGUCCGUAUUGCUGUGUUGGAGGACACGCUACCUUCGACCAAGCCAUGCUGGUGACGAGACCUAACGGUAAUUGUUCGACGACGAUAUUAGUGAACGAUCCGCAGUAUACGCAAAAGGUGGAGAAGGCAGCAGAGGAGUAUAAUGUGACAUACGUUCACGAUGGGAUGACGAUGACUGCUGGGGAAACUAUGGCUGCCACGGCCACGGCUACGGCCACGGCUACGGCAAGUGCUACUGCUACUGCCACUGCUACCGCUGCGACGGCAAGCUCUGGCGCUGGCUUAUUGGACGUAGCCUACUGUGCAAUGAUACUCGGCACAGUGUUUGUUGGGACUCUGGUCACGCUGUAG